AAAAAAAACACACACACACUGUAUAAAUGCGGUGUGUUAUAAACGCGCGACAUUCCGACUGUAUUAUAUAAUAUAAUAUAGGGACAUAUAAUAUAUCCGUGGUGAAGUUGAAGAAGAAACAGUGAGAAAGUUUUGUGAAACAGACAUGCGAGUCAAGAUUGCAAUACGUUGAUCGAGAGUGAAAUAAUUUUGAGACCGAAUUACGGGAGGUUGAAGUUUUUUUAUUGUUUUUUUUUUUUUUUUCAUUUUUUUUUUAUACUCAACUUUGUUCAAUAUUUAUAUUCUUGUCAUCUUCCGAUGGGAAAAGAAUUCAGGAUGCAGCGGUCGUCGGUUUUCAAUUCUCUGAUCAUCUCGGUACUUUUUAUUAUUCAUUUUGCAAGCGGUCGUCUGAUCGAUGGAAUAUUCACAGAGCCUACGUUGAAGCCUGGAUAUAAUUUGGUCACUUCUGUGCCGCGGGGUGCAAAAGCAUUGAAUGUCACGCAGCUGGGUAACACAAGUAAUAUUUUGGCCGUUACACGAAAAGAUCGCAAUUUCAUUCUCAACGGCAAUUACAACGCCUUUGCGAAUUCCGGUUCAUUCGUAGACUUGGGAACCACGUUCGUUUACACUCGGCAUGAUUCGCAUAAUCCGGAAAGCCUAGCCGCCGAAGGACCUCUUCAAGAGCCGAUCGAUAUACUGGUUUUCUAUAAAGAGCCAAAUCCGGGUAUUGUCUACCGGUAUUUGACCUCCGGCCAACAGCCGACAGCUUCACGUUGGACUACGAAAUUUGCGGCAGCGACGAGCAAGACUUCGAACAUAUUUCCACCUGGUAGAUACACCGCGAGAAGAAGAGAUACUUUGCCUGUGAAAAAUCGUAUAGCAGACGACGAGGCUCAGCCUUUGUCAGUCGUUGUGCCACAAAGACGGUUACGAAGGCGUAGAUUUGUGUGGAAAAAUCACGGCCUCACCGAAUGCAGCAGGUCUUGUGGCGGAGGCAUUCAGACGACUAAGUUUGUCUGCAUUCGUGAACAGUCGCAGCAGCAAGUUCCCGACAAGAGGUGUCAUCAUUUGGAAAAACCGGUCGGACAAACGGUCAGAUGCAACACUCGACUCUGUCCUGCGAAAUGGCGGGCAGGGGUGUGGAGCGAUUGUUCAGUAAGUUGUGGCACCGGAUAUCGCACUCGCGAAAUGGAAUGCGUCCAGGAAGUGACUUCGGCGUUGACGAUGAGAGUUGCCGACGGUGCUUGCAUCGAGCCGAGUCUCCUGCCAUUGAGAGAGGGCUGCGUUAUGCGACCGUGCGACGAUCCGCUCAUCGAUAAAUCCCAAGACGUAAACGUAUUCGAGGAAAAUGCUCGUCCCUCCCAAUGGAACGCCGAGCCUUGGUCUGAGUGCUCCGCGACUUGCGGUCCUGGGAGAAGAACGAGGAUUGUUUCCUGCAUAACAACGACCGGGCGACCCUGUUCCCUCGAUGAAAAACCGCCGUACGAAGAGUCCUGCAAUUUGGGAAAUUGCAGCCCGAAACUUGCACCACCUGUUGAUCCGACGCUGCACUCGAAUUCGAUUUCCACAUUUACUUCGGGCAGUAGGUGGCUCUUCACUGAAUGGUCUCGGCAGUGUUCGGCCGACUGCGGUACCGGAGUUCAAUGGCGUCGAGUCGUGUGCGGAUCAUCGUCGCCGGAAACUUGCGACGAGUCGACAAAACCGAAAACAACCCAAGAAUGCACAACGGACGAUAGCUGCAGCGGUCACUGGUUUUCCGGUCCAUGGACACGGUGUUCGGCAGCGUGCGAAAUCGGUGAACAGACCAGAGAAGUGAUUUGCGUUGCUAAAAUUCGGGGCAUUCUUCACGUUGCUCUCGACAUGAAUUGUCCCGUUGAAAAACCGGACGCUAAAAGACACUGCAGGGGCCCCCCAUGCCCACCCGCUUGGUUUGCAUCCGACUGGUCGGAAUGUACCCGGACUUGUGGUAGAGGAAUGCAACAGCGUGUGGUAAAAUGUUUGGAAAGCGACGGCCGGCCGGCGCAACCAGGAAGAGAAUGUCCGGAAGCAGAUCGUCCGGUUUCAAGAUUGAUCUGCAACGAGCAUCCGUGCAGAAAUUCGGACGACAAUUACGGGGCAGAAAACGUUAAUCGCGUUGUCCAGAUCCAGAAUGAUCCGGAAAUAUCAAACAGUGAGCGAUGGGGGAUGAAUUUUUUAUUACAAGCAUGAAAUUAACGAGCUG